AUGUGUUCUCUUCACUCCACAACAAAGGGUAGGGACAUAUUUGAAGAAGUGAUGAAAGCAGUAAACAGUGUCGGAGGUUUUGAAAAGUGUUCCGUCCUAGCUACAGACGGUGCAAAGGCAAUGGUAGGACCAAAGAUAGGAUUGAUUGGAUGUUGGAGAGAAAAUGGAAUGAAAUGCCCUGCACUUCAUUGCAUCAUUCACCAGCAUGAUUUAUGCGGGAAAUCGGUGAAGCAAACUGAAACCCCCCAAAAAGUUGUGAAAGUCAACAACAUGAUCAGAGGCGACAACAGGGCUCUUAUGCAUCGGCAGUUCCGUCACUUUUUGAUGGAAAGUGAAGCAGAUUACGGCGACCAGCUUAUGUACAAUCAAGUUAGGUGGCUUAGUGCCGGAAACUGCCUCACAAGAUUUUUCGAGUUGAGAAAAGAAAUCCCUCUUUUCCUUCACCAGUUUUCUCCAUCAGAAAACCUUGAACAAGAACUUUUAAGCAUGGAUUUUUCAUGUCACUUGGCAUUUCUAAUUGAUAUUACUGGCCACCUCAACGAUGUGAACUUAAAACUACAAGGAAGAGGCCAACUGGUGUCUGACCUAAUGGCACACAUCAAUGGGUUUAGAAACAAGCUGAAAAUUUUCCAUGCAACUUUUGGAAAAAAUAACUUAUCUCACUUCGCCAGCUGCAGUCGUUUAGCGUCAGAGUGUGAGGAACUGCUAGAUUUCUCUGAAUUUUGCCCUGAGUUGCAGACAAUUAUUGAUGAAUUCAACACAAGAUUUUCAGAUUUUGAGAGCAUCAAGAAUGACGUGGCUCUGUUUAGUAAUCCAGUCACAGCAAGCAUUGAAGAACAACCGGCCAACCUACAAACAGAGCUCUGCGAUCUCCAGGCUGACCCGUUCUUUCAAACAAGAACCAAAAGGGGGCCCGAGUUCUUCAAGUUGCUUCCAACUGAACGUGACUUAGGACUGAAAAUAACUUCCAUGUUUGGGAGCACAUAUUUAUGCGAAAAUGCUUUUUCGGCAAUGAAGUUUAUCAAGAAUCGUUACAGGAGCUCUCUCUCCGACAGUUCAUUGUUAGACUCUCUUCGGCUGGCAAUGACAAACAUCAAUGUUGACAUUCCUGCCCUUGUAAAGAAGGCUGAUCAGCCUCAGUUUUCUCAUUAA